UUGACAGAUGUCAGCCUUGUCAACUGUUUCAAAAACAAUAUUUUGUGGUAGAAAUACUGUUUCUAUUAUAAAAGUAGAUAAAAUUCAUUAAUAUUUUUUUCAAAUGAAUGUUGCAGUUGCCACAGUUUUAAUAAAUUAUUAAUUAUAGAACUUAUAAUUACGUGCCGGUGUAGCCGCAGCCAGUGAAAUUUACCAAGAAAAUGAGUUGUUGUAUAUCCCGCGUGGUUGCAGUGCGAUCGUCGCCCGCAAGAACGAGAACGAAUUUAUUGGAAAAAACGGACUUUCACGUAUUAAACCACAAGAUCCGUUCGUUAGCCUUGAGCAGUUUACGAAGUGCUGCUAAAGUUAAGGGAAAAAUGCAUGCCAAACUAUCUCCUGAGGAGAGAAACACCACCCUGACAGCUGUCUUAAACCAGGGAUGGAACUUAGUAGAGAACAGGGAUGCUAUUUAUAAAGAAUUCCUUUUCAAAGAUUUUAAUCAGGCUUUUGGGUUUAUGUCACGUGUGGCAUUACUGUCUGAAAAAAUGGAUCAUCACCCAGAGUGGUUCAAUGUCUAUAAUAAGGUACAGGUAACCCUCUCUUCCCAUGAUGUCAGUGGGCUAAGUGGAAGGGAUUUGAAAUUGGCCAACUUUAUGGAGGACGUAGCAAAAAGUAUUAAGCCCUAAGUAUUUGCCUCCAAUUUGAAAAUGGCUGUUUGUGGUGAUUCAAUGUUCAAUAGUUGUUAUGUUCUAAAAUAUAUGUUAUAUAUUUA